AUGUUGCGGCGGGGCAUGCUGAGCAGUGCAGCCAGCAGGGACAAAGCGGCGAGCUCCUCUCCCAGACUCGAGCGCGCCGCACCGCCUCAGCUCAAGCGCCAGCAGACUCCAGUUGAGUAUCCGCUGUAUUGGGUGAACGUGCUGCGCGGUCGAGUCACCAAGCGGAUGCUGACCUCACUGAGCGCGGCGCUCACCAGCCAAGAUGACCGCUUCGUGCGGCGGUUCAUCCGAAUGCACGGCAUCGCCUCUCUGUUCGAGGUCCACGAGAACCUGUUCUGGCGGUGCUUCUACGCCAAGACCGGGUCGGCCGCCGUCAACGUCUCGCUCAACAUCGAGAUGAUGCAGGAGUGUGGCCGCUGCGUCGAGAUCAUUCUCGGGCGAUCGGGCGGCAUGCGGGCCUUCAUGAAGGGCAGCAAGAACGUGAUGACGGCUCACGUCGAACAGCUGAUCGUGACGCUCGGCAGCGAAGACCAGGAGGUGCGGCGGUCGGCCCUGGCCUCCCUCCGCUGCGUGCUCAGCCACAUCCAGUCCCUGGAUGAGAAGCUGGCACUCAAGCGCCAGCGAACGGCGGCCAAGCGCCCGCAGCAGGCCAAUGAUGACGUCAGCAAGAGAGAGAAGGCGUCGACGGGCAAGAAGGAGAAGAAGGAAAAGACAAAGAAGAAGGUCCGGGCGAAGAUCGAGAUCAGGGCCAGGGAGAUCGCCCAGAUCGUGUGCGAGGCGCUCGUAUCCCUGCAGAUCCUGCUCGAGGAGGUGAGCCUCUUGAGCGCGAUCGUCCGCGUCAUCAAAGAGGCCAAAGGCGAAACUGCGAUCGAGGUCCAAACGAAUGGACUGUUCUUGAUCAACUUCGAGCUGGCCUUCGCGGAGAAUCGCCAGGAGAGGAACAGACGAAGAAUUGGACUCAUCAUGGCCGGCGUGGAGCAAGUCAUCGAAUCGAUCGAGCAACAGGAAGGAGAAACAAAGCAGCCUCUGCUUGAAGAGGAGAUACGACGAUGGCGAGAAGGAGGGUCUGCGACGUCGGAACAGGAGGACGAGUUCGUGGAGCGACCGAACAACGAGGAGGUGGCGGUGACGCAGAGGAAAGAGAACGCGAAGAAAGAGAAAACGAAGGCGAAGAACGAAAAGAAGAAAGACGGGCGAAAGAAGGAAAAGAGGAUGAACAGCCACCUGGGCGACAGCAUGUACACACCGACAGAAGUCGUCGCCGACGGCGACCGGGCACGCGUUGUCGACGUCUACUCUCUCGUCGACGUAGACCAAGCCUCGGCGUCGGAGGACUCGCGCAGCGGGCGCAGCGCGGAGCUCAGCGAAGACUCUGCAAGCGACACGGACGAGGAGGACCAGGAACCCAACACGCAGCUGCGUGGUGUGCGAGAAUCGGACGUAUACGGACACACGACCGCAGCGGCGACCACGGCAUCGGCCUAUGUCGAAGUAGAGGCGGACGACGGCAACCCACCGAUGACCAGGGAAAAGAAUAGCGCCGAGGGCGCCAUUCCGAGCUCCUAUUACGUCGAGGUCAAUGAAGACGACGAAGGUUGCGAUGACGAAGCCACGCCGCCAAAGAGCGAAGCCAAAAAGAACGAAACGAGAAAUGAAAGCGAAGGUCCCGUCGUGGAGAGGUACGCCGGAGCCGGAGAGAGUCAGAGAACCGAAGUCGAGGUCUAUGAGCAGAGCGAUGACGGAGAAUCGAGCAACUACCAGGAAAUGGACUUCGCGCCCGUCCCGAUGCUGCAGCCGGCCAAGAUGAAAGAGAAGGCGAAAGAAAAGAAAAAGAAGAAGACCAAGUCGCCCAAGUCUUCGCCCGCCCGUCCUUCGCCACUGCCCUUUGCCUCUGGUCGCAGAGCCGCCAUCCAGGAGAGCGUCGACGACGGCGACAUCUACCACUACAUGAAGAAGCAACAGCAAACCAAGGGCUCCAUGAUCGUUCGGCCGCAGGACAGGCAGAGCUACCUGCAGGACCAACGCUCCCUACAAACCCAACACGACCUGCGAGCUCUAGCGCAGCCAAUCAAGAAGGGCGAGCUGUUUAUGUGGAGCGUGCGCGUGAAAGUCGACCCGAAGACCGGCAUCCCAACGCCCCAGACGGUGUUCGAUUCGGUCAACAUCAGCGUCGACGAGAAUCAAGUCACGAUCUCCGACAAGAUCUUGGAUACCUACAGCGCGCAGAGCCUGGCCAAGAUCAGCAAAGUGUCGGAACACUUCCAGUCGUUUGCGGAUGACGACAUGAAACAGAAAUUGAACGACUACUACCAUGCGGCGCCGAUAACGAUGGCCAUCGAGCUGACGGACAUCGUGCGUGUGCGCGAGUUCCGUGCCAACCGCGGUGUCGGCUGGGAGGGCAAGUUCGGCUUCACCAUCAAAUACAAAGCGAACAAGGACAAGAAGCCCGAAAUGGUGAGCCUGGCCACCAACUCCUACGAGGACCAGCAAUGGUGGAUACGCGCCAUCAUCGUCAACCGAGGUAUGUCAAGAGACUGGAAUGAGGAAUUCCAGAUGGUCAUGAAGUCGCACCGCGAAGAACUGCUCACGCCGCGAGGCCGAUUCGUCGACGUCGGCGAGCUGGCACGACAGGACCACUUCGUUUCCGCACCUUUCAACCCCAUCCUCCUCGCUGGCAAGAGCAAGCCCUCGGUCAAGAUCGGCGACCUGGUGCACCAAUUCACGGUCAUUGCCGAAGUGCUGGCGCAAAUCAUCGUCGACGAGCUCCCGCAGCCGGACGCCAAGAAGCUCAUACCGCCGGUCAACCUCGGCGGAGUCGCGGGCGGGGCCAAGUACAUCUCGCACGGCAUCCUCUUCAAGUUCGCCAUCGACUCAGCGCAGCUGUACGGCGGCGACGAGUUCGCCAUGAAGGCCACGCAGCACGAGAUCAAGGGCCUCACGGCCUACAUCAACUACUCGCUCAACUCGCGCUUCCCCAACACCCUCCACUUCCCCUUGAUGACCGUCAUCGACUACAAGGGCUAUCGGCUCAGUGCCACGUCUAUUCUGCCUGUGGGCUCCAACACUAUCGUGUACGGCUCGGCGGACGGGGGCAAGACGCUGCACAACAAGUACAAGGAGAUGAACGCGCUCAUGAAGAAGGCCGGCCGCGCGCUCAACAUCAAAUCCCACUACAUCGUUCCCGUCGUGCCGCCGGAGCUGCUCAAGACCGCGCGCCGGGUGCCCAUCUGCGGGCCUGGCGAUAUCGAGGGCCACCGCGGGAAGGACAAUCGAUUCUACGUACUGGACACGGCCCGCGUUUUUCCUCCCACGACGCCCAUGCCGGGCGUGCGUGGUGGUUUCCUCUUCCAGCUGUUCCGCCCCGAAUUCGUUCGGGGUUACCACCUCCCGCUAUGCUCCGACGCCUUUUCUCGGUGGGGACACGAUCCGAUGAACACGGACGUCUUGCGGGGCCACAACGCUGAAGUGCGGGAAGCCACGAAGCACCUGCUCGACGUUGUGAUCCCUCGGUUUGCUCGCCGACUCGACCGAUUCUUCAGACUCGUCUACGCGCCACUGACCGAACAGCGAAUGUGGCGGCUGGCGGCAGAGGACUCGCGGCUGAUCGUGAUCGACAUGCACCGCGCUGGGAUCAACCUACGAUGCCUCGGCCAUCUGCGCAAGCACGUGACAGAACCUACCCUCCGUCGAUGGCUGCUGAUGGAGAUGGUGUCGCGCGUGCUCAAGAACAAGCUACGGGAGCUCAUGCGGGCGGCGGUGCGGAGCGUGGGGGAGCGGGACACCAAGCGCGUGGUGGGCGCGUUCCUCCAUCGGCUUCUCCACCACCCGCGCUUCUGGCGCCAGGGCUCGUCGUCGGAGCACACCGCCGCCGAGGCUGCGCCCUCGACCGACUCGCACCUCGCGUCCGCCUCUUCCUCUACGAUUCCGUGUCCCGGGCUGCGUGCGGCACUGGACAUCAAGAAGGCCCUGCUGACGCGCUACCCAUGCUCCUUGACACCCGACGAGGAGGGGAAGGAGUGGGACCUGAAGCAGGCGAUGAACCUGGGCGUGGUCUUCGGGCGCGUGACCGCCCUCGCCGGCCUCAAGUUCAGCGAGGAGUUCGAGGCCCGGCUCUGGCGCUGGGUGAACAGCGACGGCGAAGAGGAGGCCGCCUCCGUCGAGGCCACGCAAGACGCCGUUGUCCAAAUCGCACCCUCGAUUUCGCAGCUGCCGCUGGUGUCCCUCUUCAACGCCAAGAAGGCAGAGCGACACGCCGAGCGAUCAUUUGCCAGCAUCAAGAAGCACCAGGAGAUCUACCUGAACCGGGCGAGGGACGAGUACCUUGCCGGCCUGGCCAUGAAAUCGGACGACUGCGACAUACUGCUCAAGCUGGCCUCUGUUCUCGACCGGUUGGCCGAGGUCGUGAAGGAGCGCCUGCCCGAGUACAGACGGCAGGGCGAAGAACAGGAGAGCGAAGCCGUGGUCCGCAUCGAACGACUCCGUCGCUUGGCCGAACGCCAGUACCAGGAAGCUCUGCGGAUUGACUCAACGCAAGCCGACGUGCUGGCCGAAUACGCCGCCUACUUGUCCCGAGACCCGGACCGUGCCCAAGAAGCUGUCGAGGCCAAUCCGUUCAAUCAGGACCUGGAGAAGAAGCACAAGGCCUUCAUCGAGCAGCGCGUCCAGCAGCUCAAUGCGCGCCAGCAGCAGGAACAAGACAACAACGGCGUGCCCGCGGCCCGCGGAAGCGGCGGGAGUCUGGCCACGAGCGGCGGCGAGAAGUCGAUGAUGCGCCUCGUGCGGCGCUCGCGACGGCUGACCGUGGGCACGUUCAAGGGAGUGACCACCAUCAGUGGCAAGGGACUCGCCACCUCGUCCUCCCUGCUGCGCAUGGACGACUCCUCAUCGGUUGCCGGAAGCGACGUCUUCAUCUCCGCGCCGCAGCUCAAGCGAGACCAACCACAAUCGCAUCAUCAACCACAACAGAAGCAAGACGAGGGCAAAGAAGAAGAUGAAGAAGAUGCAGAAGCCGAGAAGGCCGGCCUUAGGAACCAGCUGUCUCAGUCAGGCGGCGCGAUUGGGAGCCAGGUGUCGCCCAGAGGCACCAGUGACGAUUCUGAUGAGGAGCGGCGCGGUGCGGCGUCGAGGACCUCGCCCAAGCGGCGAUCGCUUUCGUCGUCAGCGAGCGGCUUGCUCAGUGGCUUGCGCCCGGGCUUCGGCCAGGUGUCGAAGAACCGCAAAACCAAAAAGAAACAGAAACAGAAAACCUGA